AUGCCUCGCACAAAGCGCUUGCACGCGCUCAAACGACCCAAACUCCGUCAAGACUGGUCGAAAUGGAAUCUCUACAACCUCUCCCGAGUAACGACGCCUCCCGCAGCACAAAAGACCUUCUUCCAGCAGAAAUGGCUAGCCAAGUCAAUGCUACGAUCAUAUCACAAUCCCGACGUACGGGAGGGGACGUGGACGCGAAUGUUCGACCGCCGGUUACCAGCAGUCGUGCCAAUGGACCAUCGAUAUUUGGCGGCGAAGGAUGGCAGUGAGAUGUCGACAGGUCGUGGUAGUGGCGCGGAUAAGGAACCUGAGCAAUUUAAUCCACGAGAAAGACAGGCUCAAAAUCGAGGGCCGGAGAUAACGCCAUAUAUGCACAUGACAUUUCAUCCGCUGGAAAGGAGACUGGACACUGCCAUCUUCAGAGCCUUGUUCGCAUCCAGCACAAGGCAGGCGCGGCAAUUUGUGAUCCAUGGAUCUGUGAAAGUGAACGGCAAGAAGAUGAUAUACCCUGGCUAUCAACUGAAUCCCGGCGACAUGUUCCAGGUCGAUCCAGAUAGAGUGCUGUUUGCGACGGGUGCCAGGAAGAUGAAAGCAGACAGUCCGCUCAGCAAUCAAGAUGUGAGGCGGAAAAUGGAAGAGCGGGAGGCGAUGAGGAAACGAAAAGAAAGGGAAGAGGAAGACCGGGCAGUCGGCGCGAUUGAAGAGGCGAAGGAUGUUGAAAGCGAAGCAGGCGCUGGCACAUUAGAGGCAGAAGCGGCGGAGGGUGAAGAAGGUGCGGAUGCGAAGGUAAAAAAAGCGAGAAAAGAGCUCAAGAGGCUUAUGGAGCGUGCGAAGAUCAUCCUCGACGACUCGAAGCGCGACCUAUCAGGAAAGAGACAGCAGGAGCUGCGCGGCUUCACAAGGGCGGUGAAGACUGCUUUCUCCAAAAUUCGCGGCAAGGAAGAAUCAGUGACUCAGGAGACGGUAGAGGGUCUCGAGACUGCACUGGCGGAAAUCUUGACCAAAGUACCACAAGAUGCAGCUGCAGCAGCGGAAGCAUCCAACGCGGAGGCAUCGUCUGAAAAGCAGGCCUCAUCGAAUCCACAGAUGCAGGACAAGACCAAGAUAGACGCAUACCGAGCACGGAAAGACGCCGAGCUAUUACACGCCGCACUGGAGAGGGCGCGAGCAAACCCCGUCGACACCUCGAAACCAUACGCAACACCUUGGCAACCUCGAGACUACAUGAGCGCAUUCGCCUUCAUCCCACGAUAUCUCGAGGUGAACCAGAAUAUAUGUUCGGCAGUCUAUCUGCGACAUCCCGUGGCGAGGCCUGGCCUGGCAGAAGUACCCACGCCCUUCUCAGCAGAGACCAUGGGUCUGGGUUUCAACUGGUACCUCAGAAGACGAUAG